GGUGCAUACCUGCCACCCUUGCAGCAGGUAUUUCAAGCGCCACGUCGGCCCGGGAUAGGAACUGUUGGGAAGCCCAUCAAGCUCUUGGCCAACUACUUUGAAGUGGACAUUCCCAAGAUUGAUGUGUAUCAUUAUGAAGUGGAUAUCAAGCCUGACAAAUGUCCACGCAGAGUCAACAGGGAAGUUGUGGAGUACAUGGUACAGCACUUCAAACCACAGAUCUUUGGUGACCGAAAGCCAGUCUACGACGGGAAGAAGAAUAUCUACACUGUCACGGCCUUACCCAUUGGAAAUGAGCGGGUUGACUUUGAGGUGACGAUCCCGGGGGAAGGCAAGGACAGGAUAUUUAAGGUCUCUAUCAAAUGGAUGGCCAUCGUGAGCUGGCGGAUGCUGCACGAGGCCCUGGUCAGCGGGCAGAUCCCCGUGCCCCUGGAGUCCGUCCAGGCGCUGGAUGUUGCCAUGAGGCACCUGGCUUCCAUGAGGUACACUCCUGUCGGCCGCUCCUUCUUCUCCCCUCCCGAAGGCUACUACCACCCCCUGGGAGGCGGCAGGGAGUUCUGGUUUGGUUUCCACCAGUCGGUCAGGCCUGCCAUGUGGAAGAUGAUGCUCAACAUUGAUGUGUCGGCCACUGCCUUCUACAAAGCCCAGCCCGUGAUUGAGUUCAUGUGCGAGGUGCUGGACAUCCGGAACAUCGACGAGCAGCCGAAGCCCCUGACAGACUCGCAGAGAGUGCGUUUCACCAAGGAGAUCAAAGGUCUGAAAGUCGAGGUCACCCACUGCGGGCAGAUGAAGAGGAAAUACCGCGUGUGUAACGUUACCAGGCGGCCGGCCAGCCACCAGACGUUUCCCCUGCAGCUGGAGAGCGGUCAGACAGUGGAGUGCACAGUGGCUCAGUACUUUAAGCAGAAAUACAACCUGCAGCUGAAAUACCCCCACCUGCCCUGUCUCCAGGUUGGCCAGGAGCAGAAGCACACGUACCUGCCCUUGGAGGUGUGCAACAUCGUGGCAGGCCAGCGGUGCAUCAAGAAGCUCACAGACAAUCAAACAUCAACCAUGAUAAAAGCAACAGCCAGGUCUGCCCCAGACAGGCAGGAGGAAAUUAGUCGCCUGAUGAAGAAUGCCAGCUACAACCUGGAUCCGUACAUUCAGGAGUUUGGGAUCAAGGUGAAAGACGACAUGACGGAGGUGACGGGGAGGGUCCUGCCGGCGCCCAUCCUGCAGUAUGGAGGCAGGAACCGGGCCAUUGCAACUCCCAACCAAGGCGUGUGGGACAUGCGAGGGAAGCAGUUCUACAACGGCAUUGAGAUCAAAGUCUGGGCGAUUGCCUGCUUUGCCCCGCAGAAGCAGUGUCGAGAGGAGGUGCUGAAGAACUUUACGGACCAGCUGCGCAAGAUCUCCAAAGAUGCAGGGAUGCCGAUCCAAGGCCAGCCCUGUUUCUGUAAAUACGCCCAGGGUGCAGACAGUGUGGAGCCCAUGUUUCGACACCUCAAGAACACCUAUUCAGGGCUUCAGCUCAUCAUUGUCAUCCUGCCAGGGAAAACGCCGGUGUACGCCGAGGUGAAGCGUGUUGGGGACACCCUCCUGGGAAUGGCCACGCAGUGCGUCCAGGUCAAGAACGUGGUGAAAACCUCCCCGCAGACCCUUUCCAACCUCUGCCUCAAGAUCAACGUCAAGCUUGGCGGGAUCAACAACAUCCUUGUGCCUCACCAGCGCUCUGCUGUCUUUCAGCAGCCGGUGAUCUUCCUUGGUGCCGAUGUCACUCACCCGCCGGCAGGAGAUGGGAAGAAACCCUCCAUAACGGCUGUUGUGGGCAGCAUGGAUGCCCACCCCAGCCGGGACUGGGCCACGGUGCGGCAGCCACAGACUCGCCAGGAAAUCAUCGAGGACUUGUCCUACAUGGUGAGGGAGCUCCUUAUCCAGUUCUACAAAUCCACCCGCUUCAAACCCACAAGGAUCAUCUUCUACCGUGACGGCGUUCCCGAGGGGCAGCUGCCGCAGAUCCUUCACUAUGAGCUCCUAGCGAUCCGAGACGCCUGCAUCAAACUGGAAAAGGAUUACCAGCCUGGCAUCACCUACAUCGUCGUCCAGAAAAGGCAUCACACCCGUCUCUUCUGUGCAGACAAGAACGAGAGGAUUGGGAAGAAAAAAACAGCAGGAACAACAGUGGAUACAAAUAUCACCCACCCCUUUGAGUUUGACUUCUACCUGUGCAGUCAUGCAGGCAUUCAGGGUACAAGCCGGCCUUCCCAUUACUACGUACUCUGGGAUGACAACCGGUUCACCGCGGAUGAGCUGCAGAUCCUCACGUACCAGCUGUGCCAUACCUACGUGCGCUGCACCCGCUCGGUCUCCAUCCCGGCCCCAGCGUACUACGCCCGACUGGUGGCGUUCAGGGGAAAUAAUUAUGCAGUGAUUUCCUUGAUUUUCAGUGGUGAGGGCAGCCAUAUAUCUGGACAGAGCAACGGCAGAGAUCCCCAGGCCUUGGCGAAGGCUGUGCAGGUUCAUCAGGACACUUUACGUACCAUGUACUUUGCUUGAAAGCCUAACUUUUGUUACCUCACUCAAGAAAGCUUUCAGAUUUGUAGGAGCCAUACAAAAAAGGAAGCAUUGGGACACCUUGUUUUUUUUCCAAUGAGAAAUCACUGCAGGGCAGGCAGCGUCGAUUCGAGGCAGGAGACCAGCACCACGGGACAGAAAGAUCCAACACCUUUGUAGGAUUGGAAGAGACUGAUGAUUAUUUUUUUAAUUUUUCUGGUUUUGCAAAAUUUUGACCUGACCAAACACAUGAAGGCAUUCAAGGAAGGGAUAAAACUCCCAGGAGGUGGAAGCAGGUUUUCAUUUUUAAGAUGCAAUACUAUAGACUCCUGACUGUGAAAUGGCGGAUUUGGUCCUCCGUUGCCCACCAGGCGCUGCUAGUUAGCUGCUGCCAUUUGAAGCAACAGUCGCAGACUUUUCCGUGGGUGAGUGCCUUACUAUGAUGCUGCAAAAUUUCAAUGUUUUUAAUCUUGUAAGGAAAAUAGUAAUCUUGUCUUGAUGGUGGUCCAUAUUUCCAUCGGAAGGAGUUAAUUUCUAUGGUCCUAAGUUGCAGUUUGUGUUAGAUCACAACCUCAUGGUGGUUAAACUCCAUUGAAAGAUGUGCACUUUCAUAUAGGACACGUUUAAUGGCUGCUGACCCAUUUUUGUUUCCAAUGUACUACUUGUUAUUUAAAACUGUUUCUGACAAAUGGGGGCAUCUUCAUCCCAUGAGGACAGAAAUUGCUAUGGAUUUUUUUUCUUUUUUUUUUUUCCUGAAUUUUUAUGAUGGACACCGGG